AACAAGAUAACAAAAAGGCUCAUCUCCUAAAAUGGCCUAACAAAUCGCUCCUUGUUUCUCUCUCUCUAGAGUCUUUUGACUCUACAACAACAUCCCCUCUCUCUCCUUUAUAAUAUUUUUUCCUUUUCUUGUAAAACUUCCUCCUCCAAACCAUCCAGUCUGCAGCUCCCGCCUUCCCUCCAUCAUGGCUUCGCAGGAUAAAGGUCGGCCAUUACCUAAAUUUGGGGAGUGGGAUGUAAAUAACCCAGCUUCAGCUGAAGGAUUUACUGUCAUAUUCAACAAGGCCAGAGAUGAAAAGAAGACCAGUGCAGCUCAAGUGAAGAUGGUCACCCCACGAAAAACUGACGGCAGCCUACGAAGAAAUGGUACUGGAUACAACACUGUCAAUGAGCAUUAUCCCAAAUAUCCUCCCUCAAAGAAGAGAUGGUUUUGCUGUGGUUGACAUAAAUCAACAACUGCUUUUGGGGCAUGGUGAUGAUAAUGCAAUAUAUUAGGUGGGACUGGGAGGAGCUACAAGCAAAGACACUUUCUGGUGCCUGGGAAAGAUGUGGAACAGCAAAUUCUCAUAUAUAAACAGUUUUUUUUAGUUCCUUCCUUUCCUUUUCACUUGUGCUUGAUUUUGGCUUCUUUUGUCUUCUAUAUAUAUGUUUCAAAAGGUUUUGCAUAUAUAUAUUUUGUUAUAUAGCAUGAAAAAGAGGACUGGUAAACAUAAAAAUUUGUAAUAUAUAUAUAUAUAUAGAAAUUUGUCGUUCUCAGUUUAAUACUUGGGCACAACAAUAUCACUCUAUUACUAAUAAGAGUAAAAUAUAUUACUAUUGUACCUGGAGUUCACUGCUUAGUUCUGUGGAAAAUUGCACUAGAAAUAUAUAUGGUUGCAGCAGGACCUUGCAUGAAUCUCAUCAGCUCCUACCAAGCCCUGAAGCUAAUUCAUUUCAGGAGGAACAGAGUGAAUCCCCAUCGCCCGCUGGUUAAAAGAAAACCCCCCCUCUCUCCCUUAUUGGCAGUCCAUUACAGAAGUGGCCUAUUGAAGAUACUCGUAAGAGACCGUAGCCAUAAAUUUCUGAGGGCAUUCCGAAUUAAACUUGGAUUUUCUGGUAAAAUGACAUAACUACGAAAUUAUUUACAUGUCCUGUUUCCAUUAAGUUCUCACACCCGAAACUGAGGCCUGUGGCAGCUGGGAGAAAAA